ACCAUCCCAUUUUCCAAUAAGCCUAUAUAAAGUGUUACUAGGAGCUCAAGUGACAACACAUAUCUUGUUAAGAGUAGUAAUUGUGUCAUGGGAGCUCCUCCAAAGUCACUCCAUGCCCUUGAUUUGAAGGGCAUGGUCCUAGAAAACAAGGGCACUAGCCAGUCUUCAAUUGGUUCUCUAUGGAGCAAAGUUAUGAAAGCACAAAGCAUCAAAACCAAUAUGGGCGGACAUGGAAGGAGUGGUAGGCAUAGGAGGAUCUUGAUGAAGAGGAGGGCAUUACUGGAAGGUUCUAGAAGGCCCGUUUAUGGGAUUGAGAGAAAGGUUAGGACUCUCAAGAAGCUUGUUCCAAAUGGGAAGUCCAAGCCCUUGGAUGGGCUUUUCAGAGACACCAACAACUACAUUGUGCUUUUACAGACGAGGGUCAAGGUUAUGAAGAUGAUGAUUCAGCUUUGUUCAAAAACUGAUGAGUAAAUGAUCAAUUGGAUAGAAGCUAGAGCUGAUCUACAUAUUUCAAGCCUUUUUCAUUCCAAGUUUCUAGUAGUAAUUUUUGUGUAUAAAGUGGAAUUGGCUUCUUCUUUUAUUUAUUUAUUAUUUAUCUUUUUUACCCAAUAUAAGAUAAUUGUGUCACAUUAAAGUGUAGUAGUAGUACUCCAUUAUUGUUUGUUGUGUGUUUGAGUUUCGGACUCAUAUAAAUUUUAUUAUUGACAUUUUAUAUAUUCAUUUAACAAGCUU